GCAGAGUUCACGCGCAUUGUCAGUACGAUGGGAGUCCAGUGAUGGCGGACCCACGGCGAAUCCUGCGACUCUUGGUCGUUUUAUCGGGGUUAAACGGAGCGUGUGACGCUUUGUUUUGUAACUGCACCUCACCACACUGUGAGAAGGAUGGCCUCAAGUGUGAGACAAACGGGGCAUGUGUGGCCUCCACAUCUAUCAUUGAUGGAGAGGAGCAGCAUGUGCGAGACUGCAUCCAGAAAGAUAAGCUAAUUCCACCAGGCCAGCCGUUCUACUGCCUCAGUGCUGAAGGACUGAUGAACACACACUGCUGUUAUACAGAUUACUGCAACAGCAUUGUCCUCAGAAUACCAACCGUGAUGAACCGUUCAGAUGCAGGCCGGGACUGGGAUCCGUUGGAGCUCACAGCUGUGGUGGCAGGUCCAGUGUUUGUGCUGUGUGUUCUGGUUCUGCUGGGGCUCUUUCUCUUCCAGCACCACCAGCGGGCCUACGGUCAUCGGCAGAGGCUGGAGUUGGAGGAUCCCAGCACUGAACACAUGUUCCUGGCCAAGGACAAGACUUUACAGGACCUCAUCUAUGACCUCUCCACAUCAGGAUCUGGGUCCGGUCUGCCACUAUUUGUCCAGAGAACAGUGGCACGUACUAUAGUACUGCAGGAGAUCAUUGGUAAAGGUCGGUUUGGUGAGGUGUGGAGGGGGAAGUGGAGAGGAGGAGAUGUCGCGGUGAAGAUCUUCUCGUCUCGUGAGGAACGCUCCUGGUUUCGUGAAGCUGAAAUCUACCAAACCAUCAUGCUUCGACAUGAGAACAUUCUGGGCUUCAUUGCAGCAGACAACAAAGAUAAUGGCACAUGGACUCAGUUGUGGCUGGUUUCAGACUAUCAUGAGAACGGUUCUCUGUUUGACUAUCUAAACCGAUAUUCAGUCAGCAUAGAGGGCAUGAUUAAACUGGCGCUGUCGGCUGCCAGUGGACUGGCCCACCUGCAUAUGGAGAUUCUGGGCACUCAGGGAAAGCCUGGCAUCGCUCACCGCGACUUGAAAUCCAAAAAUAUCCUGGUGAAGAAAAACUGUAUGUGUGCCAUCGCUGAUCUCGGCCUGGCGGUUCGUCACGAGUCUGUCACAGACACCAUCGACAUCGCACCCAACCAACGCGUUGGCACUAAGAGGUAUAUGGCACCUGAGGUUCUGGAAGAGAGCAUAAACAUGCGUCACUUUGAUUCGUUUAAAUGCGCUGAUAUCUACGCCCUGGGACUCGUGUACUGGGAGAUCGCUCGCCGCUGCAGUGCUGGAGGUAUUCAUGAAGAGUACCAGCUGCCCUACUAUGACCUGGUGCCCUCCGACCCUUCUAUCGAGGAAAUGAGGAAGGUGGUGUGUGACCAGAGGUUACGGCCCAACCUCCCCAACUGGUGGCAGAGCUAUGAGGCAUUGCGCGUGAUGGGGAAGAUCAUGCGAGAGUGUUGGUAUGCCAACGGCGUGGCCCGACUGACGGCUCUCCGUAUCAAAAAAACCCUGUCUCAACUCAGCGUGGACGAAGACGUCAAAAUCUAAAUGAAAGCGCUAGCUUCUGCGAUACUGACUGUAACACUCCUAGGAAAGCAAAAGUGUACAGAAACCUCCACUCGAAACUAUCCUGCCAGUUUAAAAGUAUUUCCGUCCACUAAGUUGUGACGGAGCCUACCUCACCCCCCACCACCAAAACUACUGAAUCCAACAGUACCCAAAAGCCCUUUCUGCAAGCGUCACCGCUUUCUCUUUAUAUUUCAGUCUUUAUCCUCUGAAAUGACCUCAGACUGCAGGCGCAAAUAACGACCCACAACGAGCACUACUGACCCAGCUAAUAUCUGAAACCUUUCUCGAUUCUUUUUCUGUUUUUUUACUUCAGAUUUCUCUUCAAAUUCCCAAAGAACAUUGUUUAAACCAGGAACGCUAGUAUUGAUAGUAAUUAGUAGUAACCUUUUAACUUCUAACCAACCGCUUGCUGAAGGCACACAGCAAAAAAACUAAUUUAGGUAUUUUUUGGUUUUGUUUUCCAGUAAAAUAUCUAAACAUCCUUAAAACAAGAUGAACGCUUUUUGGCCAAUGGAGUAAAAAAAAAACUCAACGUGUUUUAAGGAAGUUUAAAUAUUUUUACUUUGAAAAGCAGAAAAGAAUACAGGUUCAUUUUUCUAUGAUAUGAACAUUUGUGGGUUUGAUGCGUUUUUGGUCUUAGCUCUGUUAAAGGCUAGCAGACUACCUUGGUGAAGUAGUUUAGGCUUAAAUACAGGUCUGUAAACUAGUUGUGAAACCAGAUGCAGAUGAAACACUCCAGUUUGAUGUAGGACAUCACAAACAGAAUGGGUUGAUAAACUGCUUGAAUUGGUGCAAGAAUGGCUGACGGGUCGGAAGAUGACUGAGGCACGAUCACUUAUUUCCAUUUGUUAGCCGGUGUUUUUGAACCAUGUAAAAGCUGUUAGCAAAAUAACCUUAUUUGCACUUUAUUAUGGUGGUUUUGUGAGCAUGAAGUGGAUUAUAGCCAUCUUGGUUUUGGAAUCACACACUAGCACAGACUUCUAUUCUUACUACUGAUUGGUACGGAGAUAUCUAUUUAUUUUAGCUUGUAGAUCCUUCAUAUUGUCCUUAUUUUUUUAUUGCCAUUUGAAUCUCCUCUACUCCUUGGGCAACAAAGCUACUGUAUAUAGUAUAUUUUUUAAAGUAUGGAAAUGUAAAUAGCUUACCCUUUUUUAAUUUCAGAAUCCUUUAAGUAAGCUAAUUUAAAGUGUUGGGUUCUUCACUUGAUAAUAUUUUUACUUUCUGAUCGUUUGGCAGUCAGGUAUUGUGACAGGAACUUGUAGGGGUCACAGGUUUGGUCCGCAACACCCUGGCAAAAUUGGUUAUUUCUUUAUUUUGACACGGUUUGUUUUCUUCAGCUAAUAGUGUGUUGCUGUUCACUGUAGCAUUAAAUAACUCUAAAAAUGAUUUGACGUUGAUGACGCACGUGUCAGCUGAGGAAUAUUGGGAAUGUUUUGGAUGGCAUGCACUGAAGUUGAAACUUUAACAUCACGUUAAAGGGAUCGUUCACCCAAAAAUAAACAAUUCUGUCAUUUAUUUACGCUCAAAUCUUGUCAAACCUGUAUGACUGACUUUCUUCAGUGGAGCAUGAAAGAUGUUUAGUAGAAUGUCCACGCUGCUGUUUUCCAUACGAACGGAAGCAGCUCUUGAAAUGACAAACGCACUAUCAAUUAAAGUCAUAUAAGGGCUUUUGAGUGACGAACAGGCCAAAAUUUAAGUCGUUAUUCACUAAUAAUCUUCCCAUUUACAGUAGCUCUCAAAUUUAUUUCACAAUUGAAAUCUGUCGUGAUCAGUUACGCAAUACCGCUGACAUUUAUAUGUCAAACCUGGCGUUAGACUUUGACGUUCCAAGUGUGAAUGUGCGCCAAUGAGAAUGAGACUUGAUAACUGGCAGAAGCUCAAUCGACAGCAUUUGUAGAUUGUACACAUAAUGUAGAAUACUACAGAAUAUUCGACUCAACCCUCCUUUUCUUUAAAAAUGGCUCAAAUCUGGGUUGCAGAGAGACACUUACAAUGGAAGUGAAUGGACAUUAAAAUACUCACUGUUUUAAAAGUAUAGCAGCAACAAGACGUAAACAAUAUAUGUGUUAACAUGAUUAUAGUGUGAUCAAAUUGCUUACUAGCCUUAUGUUUUCUGUGUGAAGUUGUAUUCCUAAAACGACCGUAGAAACGAUGAUUUAAAGAAGCUGUAAGUGAUUUUUUUCCAUGGACAGGUAUGCAAAAUUGUGCAUUAAAUUAGUGUUGUGAGAUACCUCACUGGUCUCUGUGACGGAUCUAGACUCUGUAAAUGGCAAACAAAAAUGUGUCCGCGGGUCACAGACAAUGCCGCUUUCUGGCUGUCAAUCAUUUUGCGUGUUCUCAUAGUAUUUUUGUUGCAGCGAAUGACAUUUUUAUGCCCUGUUGCUCAUAACUGUUGCCAGUUGAGGGCACUAUAACCGUUUCUGCUCAUGUCAGUCUCGAUUAAAGCUCAUUUGGUAUCUUUGGAGUGCAGGUUUUGGAGAAAAAGGGGCGUGGCUAAUCCAACGUGUCUCAUCUAGUGGAAAUUCUAGAAUGGCUAAAAUCGCUUGCAGCACCUUUAAACCAACAUUACAGCUCAAAUAAUACACACGUUUUAACAGAAGAAUUAAUGUAAGUGCUUUUAUAAAAUGACAAGCUUCACAUUUCUGCCUUUAAACCCUCCAAAAAAAUGUAAGUGACUCACUGUAACUCCCAUUUUUGCUUUUUGAAUGAAAAGGAAGGACAAGUUUUUUCAGGUAAUCAACAUUAUGCAAAAAAAAAAAAAAAGCUUUUGAUUGAGCUUAUCAUGUAUGGAAUCUGGAACAUUCCUGUAAUGACUUGUUGGACUGUUCCUCGCACAGAGCCAUCAUAUGGCUUCUGAGGACUUGAAAUAUAGUGCACAAGUCAAGGUUUUUUUAUGGUGCUUUUUGUCAUUUUUGGGUUUGUUCUGUGGAACACAGAAUGAGAUCAUAAGUCAUAUGGGUUUGGAACAACACAAGGGUGAGUAAAUUAUGACCAUGAUCUCUUAAGGCACAAUAUCUCUUGAUUCUAAAGGAAAUAUAUGUUGACUUGAAAAGUUUGCUGUUAAAAAAAUGCACCUUUUUAUAUCUUGUACACUGUAUUUAUGACAGCCGACCUUUGAUGGAUAUUCAUUUAGUCUCACAUAUUCAAUGUAUACUACUGCCCUUCUUUAACUCCCUGUGUCCGUAUGGAAUAUGCAAGAUGUAAAUAUAGUUUCUAUUAUGUAUUUUCUUUUUGUUUAAUAGACAACUCUGUGGGUGUGGCUAGCUAUAUUUCGUCAUCUGUUUUGUUUUUCAGUGUGACUCAAUGAUAUUUUAAUUCAGGUUUAUGUGUAUAGCGCUUUUAACAGUAGAAAUGGUCUUGAAGCAGCUGUACAGGGUUUAUAGUCAUUUGAUUUAAGAUCACAGUCUCUUAAGAAUGUUUUUCAGGACUGAUGUCUCAUUUGUCUGAGGUUUGGAGUGUAUUGACAAUCUAAAUAGCAAGUUCUCGGUUACUCUGCAUAUUGCGACAAUUCACAUGUGCGUUCUUGGAAAGCCAAAAAUGAUUGGAUAUAUUUAGAAGUAGCUGUUUGAUGUCUCUGUUUCUUAGAUGUUUAUUUUUACUUGAAUCCAAAAAGGAAACCUACGUCAGCAUGUUUUCUUUAUUUGAAACACUGGAUUUUUUUAUUUUUUUAAAGGGAUAGUUCACCCCAAAAUGAACAUUCUGUCAUUAUUAACUCACCCUCAUGUUGUUCCAAACCCUUUCUUUCUUCUGUGGCAGAAUGUUGGCCUGAGUCACCAUUUCACUGCAUGGAAAAAAUAUGCAAAGAAAGUGAAUGGUGACUGAGAUUAUUCUCCUUAAUAUCUGCUUUUGUGCUCCACGGAAGAAACAAAGUCAUUUGGGUUUGAAACUAUAUGAGACGGAGUAAAUUCGAUGUUUGUAUUUUGGGGUUAGCGACCCCUUGAAGUUUUAACACUACUGAAAAAGAUAAGAGUACACUAACAUGCUGCUAAUAGUGAAAUCUUCUGUCUGUAGAGUACAUAAACAUUUAAAUCGGGGGAAAAAGAGAAGAUUUUACCAGUAUGUGUUGAUGCUGUUAAACGAGUGCUUUUUCAUUCAUUUUCAACUUUUUUCUAAUUCAGAGUGUGUACAUAUAUUUAUAGCUUCAUGGAAAAACGGUCGUCUGCUUGGCUGGAUUUAGGGUGACUAGAUGACACGAUCCGUUUCCCAUAGCGGGGAACCCCAGCUGGAUAUCUGUUGACAAUACGAUUAUGGCCGUGCAAAUCCUCACUGUCUUGAAUUAUCACAAGUAAAAGUUUCCUCUAUCUUCUGUAACCUUUGACCUCACAACCCACACAUAAUCUGAGUGUAAUUCCCAAAUCCAAAUGGAGAGACUUUUCAGGAAUUUCAGUUUUUCAAUCAUGUACAUGUUCAGUGGUAAUAAAAACAGAUUUUCCUACAAAUGACUCGUCUUCAUUUUGCACUUUAAACCAAAAGUUACAUCCUGACUUUAUUUUAAUGACAAUUUAGCACAUUUUACCCUCAGUUCUCAUUACUGCAACGA